UUUCCGCACGGUCGCUUGUCUGUGCGGACCCUGUGGUGUCCGGCGCGCUGUUGGUGGUCAGUUUGAGUUUAUAAACAUCAGAAAAUCGGAAAACCUGCGAUAUUUUACCGCUGACCCUCCUCGACAGCCUGGGCGAGUCCGGCGCCCCGGAGCGUGAAGGCGGGUGAUGGAUCGAUGCUCCGGUGCUGAAGUGGAGGUCAGGCAGGCGGUGGCUCCGUGUCUGAGGAUCGUCUCUAGCUCACGUGAUUCUGCUGAGGUCACUGAAGCUCUCCGGACCAUCAUUCACUAUCUAGAAGGUGGAAACGCCUCAGCUAGCGAGAAGGCCGAAUUUAACCGUGCAAACUACACACGAGUCCUGCAGGUGCUGGUCAGCAGUCUCAGCUCUGAUUGGUUCCACAGCCUGCCUGCUCAGGAGCGCAGGGAACUAUGGGAUGGCUUCUUCCUCCGAGGUCCUCCAGAUCAGGCCCUGCUGGUGUUACUGGACACCAUCAGCUCCACCAGUGAUGGUUCGGGUCUGGAUUGGACUGUCAGCGUGUUGGAGAGCUUUCUGAGUGCGGGUCGUGUUGGGAUGCUCUUAUGGUCCAGGUGUUUGGAGACGAACGGUCGUCCUGACUCCGUCCAGCUGAGAGAGACCAUCCUGACCCGUCUGUCUUCUCUGCCUGACCUCACCGCCAACAGGCUCCGCACAAACACACCUGCACGGCUCCUGCCGCAGCAGUACUACACAGACCUUGCCAGAGACGUCCUCAACACGCUGGAGAACACCUGCCGCGCUCUGAGGGCGGGUCAGGACUGCUCUCUGGGCUUCGUGGCUCAGCUGCUGGGGAAAGUGUGUAUGCAGGGACAUGGAGAGUUGGUGUGCAGGACGCUGGCUCCUCGUCUGUCUUCUCUCACCCGCUCUGACGCUCUGUGGCGGCGUGUGAGCUGUAAACUGCUGGAGAACGUUCCAGAUCGCUGGGUAGAGAGCGUCAUCACCGCACUCAUACACCACCUGCACGGGGCGUCAGCGUUGUCGAGGGUGAUGGGGAAUCUGGUGUUGAAGAAUAAGAAAGUUCAGUUUGUGCUCACACACAAAGUCCUCCUGCUGCAGUAUCAACACCCGACUCAGUUAUUGAGGACUGUACUGGGUUAUCUUGCUCUGGAUCAUGACCGGCGGCCGCUCCUCAAGCAGGUGUUGCGGAGUGUGUGUCAGGUGUGGAGUAACAGCAGUGCAGUCAGACACACGUCUCUGGAUCAGCAGCUGUAUGUGAGUAAAGCCCUGCUGCUGUGUGUGAAUCUGCUCAACCAAACAGAGAUACAGGAGCUCCGCGAAGAACUGUUGCAGUGCAUGCUGGGAGGAGUUCAGUGUCGUCUGGACAGCAGUACCGAGCACGUGCGGAGGAUGGGCAUGGUGGUGGGGGAGUGUCUCAGUCAGAAAUUGGACACGCCCACUUCUCAGCUCCAAUUCCAGUAUGAGGCGAAUGAGGAGAGCAGAGAGCUAUUGUCGCUGAUGGAGCCUCAGUCUGAAGAGGAGGAUGAAGAUGAGCAACAGCAACAACCUGAUGACGCACCCAGACCUCAGCCAGAGAGCAGUGGGCAGAGUGCAGAAGGUCAGUCGAUGAUGUCACAGCCCCCAGCAGCCAGUCAGACUUCAGCCAAACCAGCUGGACAUAGCAGUGACUCUGAGCUGGACAGUGAUGAUGAGCUCACUCCGUACGAUAUGUCUGCUGAUCAGGUGAAGCAGAAGGCGACUCCGCCGCGGUACGUCAGAGACUGCCUGGAAGCUCUGAUGUCCUCUGAUGAUCCUGAGAGGGUGGAGCUGAGCCUCCAGACGGCGGAGGAGCUUCUGAGAAAGAACGUCAGCACCGCACGAGAGGUGAGUGUGCAGUUCAGUAAGGUGCUGUUACACCUGGAGGACAGGUACAGCACUGCAGGCUUCCACACCCUCCGACAGAGCGCCAUGGUGGCCCUCGCAGUCAUACACACACAGCCGGUUGUGGAGUAUCUGACCACUGAGUUUUACUCACUGAACUACAGUUUGAGACAGAGGCUGGACAUCCUCGAGGUUCUUGCCCUUGCAGCCCAGGAGCUCUCUGAGCCAAUCACAGAAAAGAAGGCAGUGUCCCAGCCUGUUGCUAGGGCAGUGACCCUGGAGCAGUGUGGAGAGGUGGAGCACUGGCGUCAGGUUGUGGAGAAACGCAUUCAGAGCAAAACCAGACGCAUCAGCAAGGGUGCAUCUCAGCCUCCUAAAGCUGCUCCAAACCGUUACGCUCCUGUAGCUGCCUACUUCUUCUUUCCACUACUGAGGAACUAUGAUAGACCACAAGUGACCUUUGACCUUUUGGGGAGUGACCACCUAGUGCUGGGUCAACUGGUACACACACUGGGACUCCUGAUGCACCUGGCCGUCAAUGCUCCGGUGGCAACACAAAUGGGCAAAGCUCUGCUGGACUUUGUGUGGGCCAUUCGUUUCCAUGCCGAUCAGAUGGUGAGGAGGGGUGUGCUGUUUGCAGUGUGUGCAGUGUUUCUGAGCAUGCCCGGUGAGAACUUGCUGCUGGAACUCAGUGAUGAUCUAGUGGAGACCAGAGCAUGGCUGGCAGAUGUAGCAGAGAGUGAUCCUGAUGCAGACUGCAGGAGUUUGGCAGUGCAGAGCUUAGUGCUACUAGAGAAAAACCUUAAAACUCACCUACAGAGCCCCUCGAUGGAGACCUGAGCACAUCUGGGAGACAAAGAGUGAGAACUCAGCCCUCAAGGAGUGUGUUCACUAGUGCUCCAGCUGUGGCGCUGAUCUGAAAUCAUGAUGGAAGAACUCGGAACACACCUCCAGAAGCCCACCUUGGAGCCAUGAUGGAGGGAAACCAGUUAGCAUGGUGCCAGCGAGGGAUGUGCAUUUCGACUAAGAUUGAUAUUCACGUGUCCGAGUUCAGAGAGUGGAUAUGUAGUUAACCAUAGAGAAAGAAAAACAGCUGCAAGCAAAAAUAAACAGACUUUCUUGGAGGAUGGUG